AUGGCGAAUACUUUAGAGGUUUAUGGAAAAGGAACGUCAGUAUGGUUUCCUGAUGAACAUGAGGGAUGGAAAAGUGCUCAACUAGUUUCAAAAGAAGAAACUGGUGGCAACGUUAAAUUAACUUUCUUAUCCGAAAAUGGGAAGGAGAUUGUGAUUGCAACCACUAUUGAUAAACUUCAAAAAUCAAAUCAUGCUGAAUUACCUCCUCUACGUAAUCCUCCUCUACUUGAAGCAUCUGACGAUUUAACAAGUUUAAGUUACCUUAAUGAACCAGCAGUCCUUAUCGCCGCGAAUCCAUUUUCCCCCGUUUCUUUAUAUUCUCAAGACAUCAUAAAUGCUUAUUCUGGCAAACGUCGAGGUGAAUUAGAGCCACACGUAUUCGCUAUAGCCGAAGAUGCCUAUAGAUGUAUGCUUAGAGAAAAAAAUAAUCAAACUAUUGUUGUUUCGGGAGAAAGUGGAGCCGGAAAAACUGCUAGUGCAAAAUUUAUUAUGCGAUAUUUUGCUUCUGUUGAUGAUAAAGAAAAACCACUAAAUUCAAAAAAGGCAGUUGCUAAUUCUGGAAUGAGUGAAGUAGAAGAACAAAUUAUGGCUACUAAUCCUAUAAUGGAAUCUUUCGGGAAUGCGAAAACAACAAGAAAUGAUAAUAGUUCUAGAUUUGGAAAAUAUCUUGAGAUUCAAUUUGAUAAGGAUCAAAAUAUUAUUGGUGCCAAAAUUAGAACUUAUUUAUUAGAACGUUCAAGAUUAGUUUAUCAACCUGAAAAUGAAAGGAAUUAUCAUAUUUUUUAUCAGUUAUGUGCUGGUGCUCCUCCUUCAGAAAAGAAAUCCCUUGAACUUGAUGAAGAUUAUCGAAAAUUUUAUUAUCUACGACAAGGAGGUGUAGGAACAAUACCAGGUGUCAAUGAUGCGCAAGAGUUUGAACUUACACGAAAAGCCUUAUCUACAAUAGGAAUUGAAAUUCAGGUUCAAUGGCAUAUUUUCAGAAUUUGUGCUGCUCUUUUGCACAUCGGAAAUAUAAAAAUUACGGCAACUAGGAACGGGUCGAUAAUUUCGGAAUCUGACCCAUCUUUAAUAACUGCAACGAAAUUACUUGGAAUAAAUUUGUCUGAUUUUAGACAAUGGAUAGUUAAAAAACGAAUUGUAGUGGGUAGAGAAAAAAUUGUUACAGAGUUGGAUAUGGCAUCUGCUACUGUCGUCAGGGACUCGGUCGCAAAGUACAUUUAUGCAAAUCUAUUUGAUUGGUUGGUUAGUGUGACAAAUGAAAGUUUAUCGGGAGAAGAAAUUACGAGGAAUACACAGAAUUUCAUUGGCGUUCUUGAUAUUUAUGGUUUUGAACACUUUAAGAAGAAUUCUUUUGAACAAUUUUGUAUCAAUUACGCAAACGAAAAAUUGCAACAACAGUUUAAUCAACAUGUUUUCAAAUUGGAGCAAGAGGAAUAUGUUCGUGAAAAAAUCAAUUGGACCUUCAUUGACUUCAGUGAUAAUCAACCCUGCAUAGAUUUAAUUGAAGGCAAAUUAGGAAUUCUUUCUAUUUUGGAUGAGGAAAGUCGUCGUCCUGGUAGUACAGAUGAAACCUGGUGUAAUAAGCUUUAUGAUAAUUUCAAUAAACAAGAUUAUAAGCAAUUUUUCAAAAAACCAAGAUUUUCAAAUGUGGCAUUUACUAUUUCUCAUUAUGCGCAUGAUGUUACUUAUGAGGUAGAAAAUUUCUUGGAAAAAAACAAGGACACUGUACCCGAAGAGCAUUUAACUCUAUUGAGAAACACCGAAUUUGAAUUUUUGGAUGAAAUUUUAAAUAAAGUUCCUCAAGCAGCAUCACCUACGACCAAGUCCGACUCAAAACGUGCGAGUAUGUCCGUGAAGAAACCUACUUUAGGGUCAAUAUUCAAAGUAUCUUUGAUUAAUCUCAUGGAAACCAUUAAUUCAACCAAUGUCCAUUACAUUCGAUGUAUAAAACCAAAUGAAGUCAAAAUCGCAUGGGUGUUUGAACCCCAAAUGGUUCUUGGCCAACUUCGUGCCUGUGGUGUUUUGGAAACUAUCAGAAUUAGUUGUGCUGGAUAUCCGUCCCGUUGGACUUUUGAUGAAUUUCUUGCUUACCUAGAAAAACUCCGUCUUGACAGAUUAAACGAAUGUGUAACUUUAAUGCAAAAGAAUAUGCUCAGGCAUAUGUAUCAAAAGCGAUGGGCAAUUAUUAAAUCAUCUACCGUUAAAGUUCAAAACUUAAUCAGAAGUCGCCAAGCUAAACGACGACUUAAACGACUUCGCGAGAAUAAUGCCGCUGUUACAAUUCAAAAAUAUUGGAGAGGAUAUAUUCAACAGAAAAAAUACAAUAAAGAUAAAAAAUCCGUUUAUAAAAUACAACUUGCUGUUCGUAGUGUUAUUGCAAGAAAUAAAUUCCAAAUUCUUCGAAGGAAUGCUGCUGCGAUCAAAAUCCAGUCCGUAUAUCGUGGAUGGCUUGUUCGUAAAGAAUAUAAGAAGACAUUAAAACUUAUUGUAUUUAUGCAAUCAUGUCUCCGUCGUCGUUUGGCAAGAGCUGAACUCAAGAAAUUAAAGAUGGAAGCCCGAUCCGUCAGUCACUUCCAAGAGAAGUCAUAUAAACUUGAAAAAAUGAUUAUCGAGCUCACCCAAAACUUUGAACGGGAAACUCAAGAAAAUAAAUUAUUAAAAGAGAAAAUUUCGACGUUGGAAACACAUAUCAAAUCUUGGUCCGAAAAAAACGGAAUAUUGGAGGCAGAAAACAAACAAAUUAAAAAUGAAGCCAAAACUUCUACUGCCUCUACUGAUGAACUCAACAACCUGCGUAAGGAGAAAGAGACACUCGAAUCACGUUACCGAAGUUCUCUCGAAAGUAUCAAGAAGCAGGAUACUGAAAUCCAGAAUCUUGUAGCUGAAGUCAGUAAGAAAGAUGACGAAAUUUCCAGACUUCGUGCAAGUGCAGCCAAAUGGAAAGGUGCAGAAGAUCCUGCUAAUGUUCUUCAGUUGAAACAAGAAAUUAUUACACUUAAAGAACAAUUGACAAAAACUAUGAGUAGUUCAAGUAACGCCACACCUCCAACUUCACAUCGCCAAGUCCAAGAAAAUGGAUACUUAACAACAAAAAAUCAAGCUACCCUUAAGCCACCAGCUCCAAAACGAAAACCCCGAAGGCACAGUUCUGUAGAAUCUUGGGGACCGAAUGAAGUUGUUAAACGUAAACCUAAAACAUCGAUGGAUUUAGUCAUGGCAGAGGCGAAAUCUAAGCCUGGUGUAUUAAGACCAGCUUCAGCUUCAUAUGUUCAGAAUAUUCCUAAAAUUAUUCGAGCGCCAGGAGGAAGAAUUUUACCAGGAGUAGAUGAACCUGAAGAGGAGAUUAUGAAAAUACUUGAGGAUGAUGAUUCUUUAGACGAUGAAGUUAUCAAUAGAUUGAUUAAAGAUUUGAAGAUACCACUUCCAAGUCUGCAAAACCCUCCAUCUGCAAAAGAAAUAUUAUUCCCAUCUCGUCUGAUUAGUCUUUUGGCAAGACAAAUGUGGAGAUUUGGAUUCAUAAAAGAAUCCGAAAGAUUGUUUGCAAAUGUCAUGAAAACUAUUCAAGAACAUGUCAUGGAAUUUGAAGGUGAUGAUGCAGUUCUUCCGGGAGCAUUUUGGCUCUCUAAUGUACAUGAAUUGUUAUCAUUUUCCAAUUCCGCAGAAAAAGACAUGCUUCGUGGAGUAAAUCCUGCAGCAGAUUCCAGUGGUAAAAACUUUGAGUGGCGCGAUUAUGAAAGACUUGUAUCCAUUGUUAAACAUGAUCUAGAAAGUUUGGAAUACAAUAUAUACCAUACUUGGAUGAAAGAACUUAAGAAACGAUUGUACAAGAUGGUUAUUCCAUCAGUAAUAGAAAGUCAAUCAUUACCAGGUUUUAUAACCAAUGAAAGUAAUCGGUUUAUUGCCAAAUUUAUAACUGGCCCCACAACCCCGGCAUUUAGUAUGGAUGAUCUUCUCAAUUUCUUGAAUAAAGUCUGGAAAGCCAUGAAAUCUUAUUAUGUAGAAAUGUCAGUAAUUCAACAAGUAAUUACGGAAUUGUUAAAGCUUAUUGGUGUUACAUCUUUCAACGAUUUAUUAAUGAGACGUAAUUUCUGUUCAUGGAAACGAGCAAUGCAAAUUCAAUAUAACAUGACAAGAAUUGAAGAAUGGUGUAAGAGCCAUGAGAUGCCUGAAGGCACACUUCAACUAGAACAUUUAAUGCAAGCUACAAAACUUUUGCAACUCAAAAAGGCAACUCUGGGAGAUAUUGAAAUUAUUUACGAUGUUUGUUGGUUAUUGACUCCUACACAAAUUCAAAAACUUAUAAGUCAUUAUUUCGUUGCAGAUUAUGAGAAUCCAAUUAGUCCCGAAAUACUGAAAGCAGUCGCAAGUAGAGUUUCUGCUUCAAAUAAUAAAAGUGAUUCGUUAUUGCUUGACACAACUCCGUUGGAAGAUUCGGGUCCAUUUGAAGUUCCUCUUCCACGUGAAGUACAUCCACCAGAAAAUUAUGUUCCAUCUUGGUUGAAUUUAAUACAUAUCAAGCGUCUUGGAUCCCUUGCCAUUAAAACUGGUGAAAAUCAUGCAUCAGUUGAAGAAGGUAUCACUCAAGAGGACAUGUUGAACUCAGUUAUAGAAACCUCCAAUAUCUUUAGAGAAGUUGAAUUCCCAGGGUAUUACGAUAAGCUCAAAAAAAUAUGGAGUAUCCGUGAAGCGGGAUCAAAUUAUUUUGUAAUUGACCUGAAAAAUAAAGAAGUUUUAAAGGAGAUUGACUUUGGAAGGCGAAAACAAUAUAUAAGUAUGAAGGCACUCGAAUAUAUGACAUUAUUUGAUAAAAUCAUAGACGAUUACUUAAGGGAUGAUGAUGAUGACAUAGUUGAGAAAAAAUUUAUCGAAAUCAAAGACGAAGCCAUUUCCAAGAUGGAAAAAGUGGUCUAUAGUUUGGACGGAUUGACAAAAAGAUUCAAUUACCUAUCUCACACUCUUCCUAUCCCAGCGGAACAAUAUGAAGGAUUUUUAUACCCUGAUAUUCAUAUUAUUAGAAGCAUUUCGAGUCACCUAAGUACAAUUAUAAGGAUGGAUGGAAUUGUCAAAAAUAUAACCGAAAGGUCAUGGACUGCGCAUAUAUGGCCAAAACAAAUCCCCUUAUUCGUACUUGAGGUCUCUGGUGAACCUAGUAAUCCGGAUCCUGAUAAAUUUAAAGAUGAUAGACAAAAGUUAAUGAAAGAAGGUGUAUUUGCGCUAAAUAAAUUCAUUAUUAGAACUGGUCUUCCAACAUAUGAGGUUUGUAAAACUUUGGGAGUUUUUCUUGCUCAUGAUUUG